AUGGCAGGGCGGCGGCGGGCGGGCGCAGGGCCGGGCGCGGGCGGCGCGGGGAACGGCGGUCCGAGCGGCGCGGGGCCCUGCGCGGCCGUGUCCGUGUUCCCCGGCGCCCGCCUCCUCACGAUCGGCGACGCGAACGGCGAGAUCCAGCGGCACGCGGAUCAGCAGGCGCUGCGCCUCGGGGUGCGCGCCGGCCCGGACUCGGCGGGCAUCGCCCUCUACAGCCACGAAGAUGUGUGUGUGUUUAAGUGCUCGGUGUCCCGAGAGACAGAGUGCAGCCGUGUGGGCAAGCAGUCCUUCAUAAUCACCCUGGGCUGCAACAGCGUCCUCAUCCAGUUCGCCACUCCCAAUGACUUCUGUUCCUUCUAUAACAUCCUGAAAACCUGUCGGGGCCACACCCUGGAGCGGUGUUUCAGCGAGCGCACAGAGGAGUCCUCCGCCGUGCAGUAUUUCCAGUUUUACGGCUACCUGUCCCAGCAGCAGAACAUGAUGCAGGACUACGUGCGGACAGGCACCUACCAGCGCGCCAUCCUGCAGAACCACACGGACUUCAAGGACAAGAUCGUUCUGGACGUGGGCUGUGGCUCUGGCAUCCUCUCGUUUUUCGCCGCCCAGGCCGGGGCGAGGAAGAUCUACGCGGUGGAGGCCAGCACCAUGGCCCAGCACGCAGAGGUCUUGGUGAAGAGUAACAACCUCACUGAGCGCAUCGUGGUCAUCCCCGGGAAGGUGGAGGAAGUCUCGCUCCCCGAGCAGGUGGACAUCAUCAUCUCGGAGCCCAUGGGCUACAUGCUCUUCAACGAGCGCAUGCUCGAGAGCUACCUCCACGCCAAGAAAUACCUGAGGCCGGGGGGAAACAUGUUACCCACCAUUGGUGACGGUCCAUCUGCACCCUUCACGGAUGAACAGCUUCAGGAGCAGUUCACCAAGGCCAACUUCUGGUGAGUCCCAUCCUUCCAUGGAGUGGACCUGUCAGCCCUCCGAGGCGCUGCAGUGGACGAGUAUUUCCGGCAGCCUGUGGUGGAUACGUUCGACAUCCGGAUCCUGAUGGCCAAGUCUGUCAAGUACACGGUGAACUUCUUAGAAGCCAAAGAAGGAGAUUGCACAGGUACCGAAAUCCCAUUCAAAUUCCACAUGCUGCAUUCCGGGCUAGUUCACGGUCUGGCUUUCUGGUUCGAUGUCGCCUUCAUCGGCUCCAUAAUGACAGUGUGGCUGUCCACGGCCCCGACGGAGCCCCUGACCCACUGGUACCAGGUCCGGUGCCUGUUCCAGUCACCACUGUUCGCCAAGGCCGGGGACACGCUCUCAGGGACAUGUCUGCUUAUUGCCAACAAAAGACAGAGCUAUGACAUCAGUAUUGUGGCCCAGGUAGACCAGACGGGCUCCAAAUCCAGUAACCUCCUGGAUCUGAAAAACCCCUUCUGCAGAUACACAGGCACGACGCCCUCGCCCCCACCCGGCUCCCACUACACGUCCCCCUCGGAGAACAUGUGGAACACGGGCAGCACCUACAACCUCAGCAGCGGGAUGGCCGUGGCUGGGAUGCCGACCGCCUACGACCUGAGCAGUGUUAUUGCCGGCGGCUCCAGCGUGGGCCACAACACCUGAUUCCUUUAGGUGAGUGUCCCCCGGGCCAACACGGGGAUUGUCAAUCACACCCACUCCCGGAUGGGCUCCAUAAUGAGCACGGGGAUUGUCCAAGGGUCCUCUGGCGCCCAGGGCAGCGGCGGCGGUGGCUCCAGUGCCCACUACGCGGUCCACAGCCAGUUCACCAUGGGCGGCCCCGCCAUCUCGAUGGCCUCGCCCAUGUCCAUCCCGACCAACACCAUGCACUACGGGAGCUAGGCCCCUCCAGCGUGGAACAGACUGACAGCACCAGGAAACCAAUGAAGACCCUGCCCACCCACCCCCCUGCCUGGGCGGCUUUCACCCCUGUACCGGAGAAGCCCAAACACCCGGUCACGGCCCUCUUUGCUAUGGGAACUCGGACACUUUUUUACACGACAUCGCCGCCGCCGCCCCCACUCCACCGCCCACACCACAUCUUGGCCCCGAGCGUGUGUCGCUGCCGUAUUUUACACGAGAUCAUGUCGUGGGAGCCCCGUUUCCCCCUCCUGCCCUCCACCCUGACCUGGGUUUGACAUCCUCCGUAACAGGCGUGUCCGGGCCUGACAGCUGCAGGCCUGGCGGGGAGGUCGGGGGAGCAGCUGCGCAACCCCCACCCCCCAACGGGUCCCUCGGCGCCAGCCCCCCCCCCCCCCCCCCCGCCUGUCUCCAGGGGGAUGGCGGUCCCUGACUGGGCGGGCCUCCCCUUCUACUACCAGGCCUUGGUCACAUGGGCGUGACAUGCUGCUUUUUUAAUUUUAUUUUUUUACGAGAAGAACCAGUGUCAAUCCACAGACCCUCUGAGAAACCAGGCCGGCCGGGCCGAGCCAGCAGCCCCUCUCCCCCACUCAGAGGCUCAGUGGUGAGGGGCAGCCCUGCCGAGUCUUCGGGACAGGGGUGGGGCCAGGCCUCUGGAGACCCGAUGGCCCCCUCCCACCAAAGGGUUCACCUCACACUUGAAUGUACAACCCACCCCGGCUGUCGGGAAGGCCCUCCGUCCUCGGCCCCUGCCUCUUGCUGCUGUCCUGUCCCCGAGCCCCUGCAGGUCCCCUCGCCCACCCCUGCCGAGAGCUAGAGCAGGUGGCCCCGUGGGCCCCAGGCCUGGAGGAAAGGGCCACCAUCAGCCGCUCGGGGCAGACCUGAGAGACCUCGAGGCUCGGUCGUGGAAGGCGUCCUUUUCCCUUGUAGCUCACAUUAGGCCUGUGUGUUUCCCCCCACAUUUGUAGAUGCUCCAGUCCCUCUUACUAUGAUGGCAUUGUGGCCCCUCCCUAGCCUGGAAGGGGCCUUGCAGGGACCUCUCCCCACCCCCCCACCCCCCAAAAAAACAAAAAAAAUAAA